AUGGCUAAAAAUUGGUAUUCUAAUUUUCUCAAUAUUAAUUCAAAUAUUCUACUCAUUGCAUUUAUUCUUCUCUUUCUGGCUCAGCAAGUCAAAGGUCAAAUAGCAGAAAUAGCUUCAUUAUCUAGUGGCUUAGCUGGGUCUGCCCUCGGUGCAGCCGGAGGAGCUUCAAGCCUUCUGAACAGCUUACUUACUUUGUAUCAGAUAGCACAGGGAGCCCUGCAUCUAACAGGCACAAGUGUAGGGAUUCUGAAUCAAGCUUCAGAAGGUCGAUGGUUCAACUCUAUGCUUGAAGAGGCUGUAAAUACUAAGCGAAAAUUUGAAGAAACAUCCGUGAUCGGUUCUGAAAGAGGUAUUGAUUACUCUCAAUUCGGUACCAAAUUUCCCGCUCCCGAAGCUCAUGAUUACGAUGCAGAAGAUCUUACAAAACCGGACGAUCUAAUACCUGUCGACAAUAUAAUCACUUAUACAACUACUACAACUAAUACUCCACCCGCAACUCUUUUCCCUCUGGAAGAGGAAACGAAUGAUCCCAAUACGGGAAAAACCACGGAAAGUUUGCUUAAAAAUAUUGUGAUUGAUUCCCUCGAGACUAAUCGAUUAGCAAAGAAAGAAAUUUUAAAUUCAGCUAAACUUGAAGUAUCUAACAAUUUAGACUACGAAUCUGUACAGUCGGAAAAAGAAUUAGAAUCAACUGGAGAGAAAUCCUCAAAAAUAGAACGACUUCUUGCACUGUUUCAAGAAAGUAAUAUUACGAAAAGUGAAUUACGUGAAAUGUCAAAUUUUCUUGAUAAGUUAUCAAAAUCAGAAGAGUCUGAGCAUAUUACGACAGCAUCUAAAAUAAGCGUUGAUUUCGUUGAUCCUGAAAAUACCGUUGAUUCCGCAGCAAUACCAUUUCAUACUCCAGACACAAAACGGACAUCGUUAACUACAGUUUUACCAAUAAAAAUUCGAACACUAAAAUUAGAAAAUGUGAUCGAUAAUGAAGAUAACGAUUUACUUCCGAUUAUUACUCCAAAAUUUAAAACGAGAACAGCUGAAACUAAAAAAUGGCAAGAUAAUCAGCAUAAAGUUCAACCAAAAAGAACAACCUUUCGUCCAUUACGUAAAUUUCCACGUAGAACGGCAUAUACACCAAAGCUAUCAUUUUUAUCUCGGAAACACGAAUUCGUAACCAUGCCGCCAAGUUUUCUCACAAAUGAUCAUACUUGGCAAGGCAGAGGAAACAUUAUGCAAGCAAACAAUGUUUUCCCAAAUAAUUACAACUUCGAAAUUGGUGACUUGAAACCAAUAUCACCUACAUCCUCUUCAAAUGCUUUGAUGCCACUUUCAUUUCCUGUGGUAUCUGCUGUACCUGUACAAACUGCCAAAAGUUCUUCAGCACCACUCAAUAUCCCUUCAGCACCAUUAAGAUUCCCAGUGUCCUCUGCUACACCAGUCAAAAUCCCUGAAGGUUCUGCUGCACCAAUUAUAGGGAUCUUUACUCCUUCCAGUGCUUUCUUGCAAUCACAAACUUUACCAAUUAAUCCUUCUUACUUACCAAAAGCAAAUGAUGCUGGACAUUUGCUUCAUCAGAAUCUUGUCUAUACUCCAAGAAUCUAUAAUUCUAUUCCUCAGCAAUACAGUCAGUCUCAACAUAUGGGAAUGAAUCAUCCAUCUGCAACUUAUCCUCAAAAUUUGAAUCCUAUCCAAACUUCAUGA